UGUGCGGAACUUGAGAGCUGCAGAAGCCUUUUGUCCUGUGCUCUCCCCUGCACACUCGGACCGGAGCUGACAAUGAAGAUGAGCAUGGAAUGCACAUGGAUUGGUCAAGACAAGUUUCCAAUAUAGAGCUUCCGGUUUGGAGUUCCACCUGCAGACUGACAGUGUCUGAUGGAUUACAGUGUUUUCUGCGAGCUGCUGACAUGAGUUCAGAGGCCACUGAGAUGUGGAAGCGCUCGCCUUCAGGAGAAAUCUGAGACCCGGGUGAGCCUUCAAGUCCUGCAAGGAGAGCAUCUCGGCAAAGGAGACGGGACCACGGACCUGUUAUGGUGUGGCACGGUGAUACCGACUGUGUGCUUAUGACCCGCUUGUAGCGCCCUCUGCCCCUACCCCAUGUCACAGCUUUUCCUGAAUUAUGGAAAUUUUGUGGAAGACGCUGACUUGGACACUGAGCCUGGUGGUUAUGGCCGCUUCCGAAUUUCAGAGCGUCAACAGACUUUCACACAACUCUCAAGAGGAGUUCCUGUCCUACCUGCAGCACUACCAACUGACUGUUCCUGUACGGGUGGAUGAAAACGGCGAGUUCCUGAGCUACACUGUGAAGCACCACCGGCCGGGCCGACGGAGACGGGGGGCCGGGGACCCCGUGGUGGGACCGCAGCCCGCGUCCGACCCUCCGGAUCCCACGGACACCCGUCUGUUCUACAGACUGUCGGCCUAUGGGAAGCACUUUCACUUGAACCUGACUCUAAGCCCCCACCUGGUGUCGAAGCAUUUCACAGUGGAGUACUGGGGCAAGGAAGGGCUGGAGUGGAGACAUGACGGAGUAGAUAAUUGCCACUAUGUUGGAUUCUUGCAAAAUCAGCACAGCACGACCCGAGUGGCACUCAGCAACUGCAAGGGCCUGCACGGCGUUAUAACAACAGAAGAAGAACAGUAUUUAAUAGAGCCUUUAAAGAACAUAUCCUCCACCAUCUCCAGCGAAUGGAGCCGGGAAGAAGCACAGCAACAUGUUAUUUAUAAAGUGUCUGCCAUUCCCUCGCCACAAGAGCAUAGCCAGGAGUUCAGCUGUGGCAUUUCAGACCUCAUUAAAACCAGUUCACCUUGCCAGUUUAGCACACCUUCGUCCCCCGCUCCUGAAAACGAUAACAAACGGUCAAAUGCCACACGCAGGCAGAAGCGGUCCAUCAGCACCGAGCGCUUCGUGGAGACGCUCGUGGUCGCUGAUAAAAUGAUGGUGGGCUACCACGGACGCAAAGACAUCGAGCACUACAUCCUUUCCGUGAUGAACAUUGUUGCCAAACUUUACCGUGAUGCCAGUCUAGGAAAUGUUGUGAACAUUAUAGUGACCCGACUGAUCGUUCUGACUGAAGAUCAGCCAAACCUGGAAAUCAAUCAUCAUGCUGACAAGUCUCUGGACAGCUUCUGUAAGUGGCAGAAGUCCAUCCUGUCUCAUCACGGCGAUGGAAACAGUAUUCCAGAGAAUGGGAUGGCUCAUCACGACAACGCCGUCCUCAUCACGCGGUAUGACAUCUGCACCUACAAGAACAAACCCUGCGGUACCUUAGGCUUGGCCUCCGUGGCUGGAAUGUGCGAGCCGGAGAGAAGCUGCAGCAUCAAUGAAGACAUCGGCCUCGGUUCUGCAUUCACCAUCGCGCAUGAAAUCGGCCACAAUUUUGGGAUGAACCACGAUGGGAUCGGGAAUUCCUGUGGCACCAAGGGCCACGAGACAGCCAAGCUGAUGGCCGCCCACAUAACAGCCAACACCAACCCUUUUUCCUGGUCCGCCUGCAGCAAGGACUACAUCACCAGCUUUCUGGACUCAGGUCGGGGGACGUGUCUGGACAAUGAACCUCUGAAACGAGACUUCCUGUACCCAACAGUCGCCCCGGGGCAGGUGUACGAUGCCGAUGAGCAGUGUCGCUUCCAGUACGGAGCCUCCUCACGCCAGUGCAAGUAUGGGGAAGUGUGUAGAGAGCUCUGGUGCCUUAGCAAAAGCAACCGCUGUGUAACUAACAGUAUCCCAGCUGCAGAGGGGACUCUGUGUCAGACUGGCAGCAUCGAGAAGGGGUGGUGUUACCAGGGGGAGUGCGUGGCGUUUGGUACCUGGCCUCAGAGCGUGGACGGAGGCUGGGGGCCGUGGUCCCUGUGGGGGGAGUGCAGCAGAACCUGUGGGGGCGGUGUGUCCUCCUCCAUGAGGCACUGUGACAGCCCAGCUCCAUCUGGAGGAGGCAAGUACUGUCUUGGAGAGAGGAAGCGAUACAGAUCAUGUAACACUGAUGCCUGUCCUGCAGGAUCUCGUGAUUUCCGAGAGAAGCAGUGUGCGGAUUUUGAUAACAUGCCAUUUCGUGGAAAGUACUACAACUGGAAGCCUUAUACUGGUGGUGGUGUGAAGCCCUGUGCACUGAACUGCCUGGCGGAGGGAUACAACUUCUACACGGAGCGCUCUCCUGCAGUCAUCGAUGGCACCCGAUGUCAGGCCGACUCUCUGGACAUCUGCAUCAAUGGAGAAUGUAAGCACGUAGGCUGUGACAACAUCUUGGGCUCCGACGCGAAAGAAGACCGAUGCCGGGUCUGUGGAGGCGACGGCAGCACCUGCGAGGCCACGGAGGGGCUCUUCAAUGACUCUUUAUCCAGAGGAGGAUACAUGGAGGUGGUUCACAUCCCAAAAGGAUCGGUUCACAUUGAGAUCAGAGAAAUUGCCAUAUCAAAGAAUUACAUCGCUUUGAAAUCCGAGGGCGACGAUUAUUACAUCAACGGAGCGUGGACCAUCGACUGGCCCAGGAAGUUCGACAUCGCCGGGACGGCCUUCCACUACAGGAGACCCACGGAUGAGCCGGAGUCCCUGGAAGCGCUGGGGGCCACCACUGAAAAUCUAGUUGUGAUGGUCCUCCUUCAGGAGCAAAACUUGGGAAUACGCUACAAGUUCAACGUGCCGAUACAGCGCACAGGGAGUGGCGACAAUGAGGUGGGCUUUUCCUGGCAUCACCUGCCCUGGUCUGAAUGCUCUGCUACCUGUGCUGGAGGUUCUCAGAAGCAGGAGGUGGUGUGCAAAAGGCUGGACGACAACUCGGUGGUGCAGAACAGCUACUGCGACCCAGACAGCAAAACACCGGAGAACCAGAGAGACUGCAACACGGAGCCAUGUCCUCCAGAGUGGUUUAUUGGUGACUGGUCUGAAUGUGGGAAGACGUGUGACGGCGGGAUAAGGACAAGGACGGUCCUUUGUAUCAGGAAGAUCGGCCCAGCCGAGGAGGAGACGCUGGAGGAUUCUCACUGUCUGACUCACCGACCGAUUGAGAGAGAGUCCUGCAACAAUCAGUCCUGCCCGCCCAAGUGGGUCACUCUGGAUUGGUCCGAGUGCAUACCUAAAUGUGGCCCUGGCCUCAAGCACCGCACUGUCCUGUGCAAGAGCAGCGAUUUGACCAAGACCUUCCCGCCCUCCCACUGCCCGAGCGACAACAAACCUCCGGUUCGAAUCCGCUGCAGCCUGGGCCGUUGUCCUCCCCCUCGCUGGAUCCCUGGUGAAUGGGGACAGUGUUCGGCACAGUGCGGCCUCGGCCAGCAGAUGAGGACGGUGCAGUGUCUGUCCUACACGGGGCAGCCGUCGCACGACUGCCCGGAGUCCCUCCGACCGGCUUCCAUGCAGCAGUGCGAGAGCAAGUGCGACGCCACCCCGAUCUCCAACGCUGACGAAUGCAAAGAUGUAAAUAAAGUGGCUUACUGUCCGCUGGUGCUGAAGUUCAAGUUCUGCAGCCGAGCCUACUUCAGACAGAUGUGCUGCAAGACAUGCCAAGGCCACUGACCCGCCGAGCAUCAGAGAAACGCCGAAUCCAGGCAAGAAGGAUGGAGGGGGACGGCACUGAGAGGGUGAGACCAAGAGGACAAGGGAGACUGAGACGACGAGGAAAAAAACCCCAGCUAUGGACCAGAGGAAGAAAGAAGCAUGAGGGGGGAAAAGAGAUGUAAGGAUUUCCCUGUUAUCAACCCCAAUAAUCCUCCUGCCCUCCAUCAAGGUGGAAUCCAAACCACUGCUCAGCCCGCGGCGCUGACACAAACUUUCUAUUUGUUUUAAAAUUUCACUUCUGUGAAGUGGAACUCGGAAGAUUAUUUGUUGGUGAUGUUAUUUUUAUUAUAAUAAUAAUUAUUGAUAUCAUUGUUAGUCUUCCUCCAUGUUUGUUGUUUUAUGAAUCCAAAGUGCUGGACACAUCGCUCAAAGAGGAUGUACCCCGGAGAUUCAGAAAAGGGCGACGGGAGCGUCGCACUCCCGUCUUUUAGAGGACGACCGCAGUGGUGCUAUUGGCAGGUAGACUUUCGGCUUCGGUGCACUUUUUUUCCAUGUAAAUACUUUUUUGCCAAUCCCCCAGCUCAAAUACGAGGCAGAAACCCCAUCAGUGUACUGUAUAUUUAUUGUACAAAUCCAAGCAGAGCUGAGAUAUUUGUCCUCUGAUCAUAUUUUUUUGUCCGAUAGUAGCCUACUGUCAUGGAAGGGAAUGUAAUGUGAUUGAAUUCAUAUUCACCGUCUCUGUGCUGGAAUGAAAAUAUUACAUACUGUAACAUACUUUAGACCCUUAUAUAACUGUAAGGAUUUAUAUAUUAUAUGCGAUGUUAACCCAGGACCAGAAAACACCGUGUGGCAGUGGGAGGGUUUUGUUUCUGUCCCCAGAUGGGUGCCUUAGUUGCUAAUAAGAGUCCAACAAAAGUUCAGCCAGCGUCUUCAGUCCAAGUGUAUCAUCAGACGGUGCCUGCGCCACAUGGAAAGCUGUUACCGAGCUGGCCUUUUCUUAACAUCCCGCUGUGGAGCUUUCAGUUCACUAUUGAAGGAUUUGUUUUGAAGGAGCAUUGAUGGUUCAUUGGAAUCACAGUCACUAUUUCUUACUCGCUACUCGAUGUAAUCAGGAGUUAGGUGGAAGUCACUCGUUUUUGUUUUAUCCUCUUCGAUAGUUACAGGAAGUGUUUAACAUUUGGGAAAUGGUCUUUACUCACUCAUUGUGGAAACAUUUAGAUGAAGGCCCGAGAGGUGGAAUAAGCACGAAAG